AUGGACAAGGGACCAUCCGCUCUCGAAAGGGUAUGGUCGAUACCGACACUGCACGAUGCGAUCAUCUCCUUGGUUCCUCCUGAAUGUAUACCAAAUCUGGCUUUGGUCAACAAGUCAUUCUUCGAGCCUGUCAUCAGACAUAAAUAUAAAUCGUGUGGCCAACAUGAUUACGAGAGAGUGAUGAAGAAAUGUAAAGCCCAAGAAAGGAAGCUUCUAUAUCGUAACUCGAUCAAGGUUCUUCGACUUGAAAAGUCCACAUUGGCCUCUCAUCCAGCCAGAUGGGCGAAACUGUUCGACUCACUCCCGAAUUUGAAGACGGUAACUUAUGAAGAAGUAGAGCUUUCGAAAGAAACCAACAACGAUGUUUGUGGAGAGACCUCUCAGUCAAAGUUCAGUUUCGAAUACUCUUACUCUUAUAGCGAGUCUUUGGGUAUGAGAACAGACAAACGAAUAAAGCGACGAGUCGGUAUCCCGAAUGCCUACAAUCAGAAGAUGGAUUACAGUCUGGCAAUAGGUCCAAUGCUCAUAUAUGACUUGCUUGUCCAAGGUCAAAAUGGAAAUCCACACAUCCAAAUGGAGAUCAAGAGGAAGAUGCUUGAGAGAAUUAGAUUCAUCUCUAAUUCACCCAAAUGGUUGACAAUAUGUGUACCAUUCGAAAAUUCUCAUCUACUGGAUAUUUACACAAAGUUGAUCCAAGAAGGAUUUCAAACCCCAGAUGCCAUCACAUUGACCUCAUGCGAUGAGUCUCUACCCGAUUUGUUAGAAAUUAUCGGUGGACGAUUAUUGUUUCUUUCAAUUCUAACGUGGAGAAAUGAACCCAAUCAACUCACCUUUGAAAGUUUGUGCGAGAGAGUCGGCUGGGAAAGAUUAGAAAAAUUGGCGUUCCUCAAUGUCUCAUGCACGAGAUACCCACCUUCGGAUGAUGUCCUUCAAGAAGGAUUCGAUCACGACGACCAUGAUUAUGUCGUAAAUUCCGAUACCACCACUACGACGCUUGUUGGAAACCGUAAAGCGCUAAGCGGACCACCCAGACUAUCAUUUUUCAGUUUAUCGAUAGUCUAUCCGGUCGAUAUAAUCUUGUCACCAAUCCAAUUGGAGAAUGAAAAACGAUAUAUCCGUCAGAUGGCUCAUAUCGUUUAUCAAUUGACUAUAAGGAGAAUAUUGACCAAACUAGAUCAAUACGAAGAAAUGAUUAGGCUGUUGGUACUCCAUAGCAUGAAGGACGGAGAUCGAGGUCCUUUUCGUACAGCCGUAUUCAACGAUGAAUUCAACAAGGUUUUCUUGGAAGCAAUAAAAGAGAAAAUCGAAGAUGGCACUAGAAAGAUGGAAGGAAGAGGAGCUGGAAGUGGUUAA